AUGGAUGAACUAGUGACUCCUGAGAGUGACGCUGCGAAAGGAAACGAAGCGAUGGGAAUACGAUCCGCUGUUGCGGAUGACGCAAAGGCCGUGAACGGAGCAGGCGAAAAUUUGCCUGCUGCUUUUGGUGGUGCAGGUUUAUGCGGUGAUGCGCCAUGUGGACUUGAUUACUACGAACUCGAGCUGGUAUACUCUGGGUAG